AUGGGGUCGGACGAGAGUUUCGUCAUUCUUUAUGGAUCGCAUACUGGACAAGCAGAAUCUAUAGCUAAACAUAUAAAGGAAAGUGGUGAGCUGCUUGGACUUCGGCCACGUUUAUACGCUUUGGAUGAAAAUGAGCGACAGUACUACAUAGAGCGAGAAUCGCUUGCAGUGGUCGUUGUUUCGUCCACCGGUGAUGGUGAUGCACCGGAAAAUGCUGCUCGUUUUGUUCGGCGUCUAUCAAGGAAGAGCUUGGAAAAAAAUUUUCUCGAGAAUUUGGAUUAUGCUUUACUUGGUGAGUCAGUUCAUAGCCACUGA